GUUGAGUGAUCGUGCAGAUCCAGAGGAAACAAUUUAACUUGCUGCUUGUAAUUUUGUACACAAGAAAUUAAUUUUUCUGAACAAAAAUUGAAUUACGUCAAUAAAAAUAAUAUGAUGGAAAUGGCUGGCAGCGAUUUUCCCACUGUGAGUCUCUUACCAAAAAAAGAAACUGGGCUGACAUCUUUUCUUUCAAAAUAUCCAAAUUAUGAUGGCAGAGGAAUUGUAAUUGCAAUUUUGGAUUCAGGGAUUGAUCCUGGAGCACCUGGUUUACAGGUAACAUCUGAUGGAAAAGUUAAGAUUGUUGAAAGGUUUGAUUGUAGUGGCUGUGGAGAUGUAAAUACUACUACAAAAGUUACCCUAUGGAUGGUUUCAUUACGGGACUUACAGGAAAAAAAUUACAGAUUCCGGGAACAUGGUCCAAUCCUGAAAACACGUACAGAAUAGGAGUGAAACAUGCAUUUGAUCUUUAUCCUGACAGACUAAAAGAUCGUGUAAAAGCUGAAUAUAAGAAAAAGAGUUGGGAAUUACACCAUAGAGAAAUAUUAAGUGAAGUUUCUAGAAACUUGUCUUCAUUUGAAGCAAAACAUCAAAAUAAAACACUUAUUGAUGUUGAAAAACUGGAAAAAGAAAAUAUAGAAACUAUGCAAGAUAUUCUAGUUAAUUUUGAUAAAAAAUACAAUGAUGUAGGACCUGUUUACGACUGCAUUCUUUUCCAUAAUGGCCAACAUUGGAUGUGUUGUGUAGAUACAUCAGACGAUGGUGAUUUAUCAAAAUGUCCGUUACUUGGUGAAUACAGUGUCACUCAUGAAUUUGCACCUUUAACUGAGACAGAUAACUUAAAUUUUAGUGUAAAUGUCCAUGAAAAUGGGGAUGUAUUGGAGCUAGUAGGUGUUUGUUCAAGCCAUGGAACUCAUGUAGCUUCAAUAGCAACAGCAUAUUUCCCAGAUUCUCCUGAAGAAAAUGGCAUUGCCCCAGGUGCACAAGUUGUAUCUUUAACAAUAGGAGAUGGCAGAUUAGGUUCAAUGGAAACAGGUACAGCUCUUAUUAGAUCCAUGAUCAAAGUUAUUGAGUUAAAGCAAACAAAGAAUAUAAAUAUACAGGUCAUUAAUAUGAGCUACGGAGAACAUGCACAUUGGGUGGAUGCAGGACGAAUAGGUGAUUUAAUCAAUGAAAUAGUAAACAAAUAUGGAAUUACAUGGGUUUCAUCAGCUGGCAACCAUGGACCAGCUUUAAAUACAAUUAGUACGCCUUCAGAUGUGGUCAAUGAGCCAAUUAUUAGUGUAGGUGCUUAUGUAUCACCUGAUAUGAUGUUAGCAGAAUACGCUAUGAGGCAGAAAUUGCCAGGUACUCCUUAUACUUGGUCUUCCAGAGGUCCAACCAUUGAUGGAGGUAUAGGAGUUCAUGUAUGUGCACCUGGUGGUGCAAUUACGUCUGUACCCAACUGUACUUUACGAUACUCCCAGCUAAUGAAUGGUACUUCUAUGGCUUCACCGCAUGCCGCUGGAGUAGUUUGUGUUCUGUUAUCAGGAUUAACACAACAAAAAAUACCAUUUUCUCCUUACAUUGUUCGUAGAGCAUUGGAAAAUACAGCUAAACAUUUAGAAGGGGUUGAAAUACCUGCUCAAGGGAGUGGGCUAAUACAGACAGAAAAAGCGUAUGAUUACCUUAUGAACUUUCAUGGGGAAAGUGACAGAAAUAUUAGAUUCCAAGUACAAUGUGGCUCAAAUAAUUCGAAAGGAAUAUAUAUUCGGUCAAAGGUACAUACUCAUUCUCAGUCGUUUAAAAUUAGUGUUGAGCCACAGUUCCUAAACUCUGAGGAGGUUCCAGCACAUGAUAAGAUUUAUUAUAACCAAAAAUUUGUCUUAACUUGUGCCGCUGAAUAUGUCAGCUAUCCUACCCAUCUGGAUUUAUCAAACGUCGCAAGAAUGUUUGCCAUAAAAGUUGAUACUUCUGGUUUACGUGAGGGCUUGCAUUGUACUGAAUUAAACGGAUAUGAUGUGAAAUGUAUAGAGAAAGGCCCUCUUUUUAAAAUACCAAUAACCAUAAUACAACCAAUUGAAGUUAAGGCACCUAAAUAUCAAUUCAGUGUUAAUAAUGUUCGUUUUGAACCAAAUACGAUCAAACGGCACUACAUUACGGUACCAAAGACAGCAACCUGGGCAGUAUUGAAACUACUAUCAGAUGAAGAUACAGGAAGAUUUGUUAUUCAUGCUUCACAGCUUGUCCCUAAACAAUACUGCAAAGCAUUAGAAAUCAACAAAACAAUAGCAGUUACUUCUAAAUGUGAAACAAUAUUAAAUUUUCCUGUACGAGAGGAUCUCAUUCUCGAAUUAGUUAUAGCCAAAUACUGGGCCAACGUAGGGGAAGCUCAUUUAGACUAUUCAAUCUCUUUCUGGGGGGUCAAACCCAAUCAGCCUGCGGUGACAAUGCAUUCAGCUGAUGGAGUUUAUGCUGUGGAAGUGAAAACUCUUCAAGGGGAAGAUAUUGCACCUUCUAUCAAUUUAAAAGCUGCCGUCCAGAUUGUUAAACCUACGGAAGGAAAAAUAUUGCCAUUGACUCUAAGGGAUGUAAUUCCUCCAUCUAGACAAAUUUAUGAGCUUGUUUUGGUCUAUAACUUUAAUUUAACAAAACAGUGUGAAGUAUCUCCAAAUUUAUCCUUAUUAAGUCAAAUGCUGUAUGAAUCCGAAUUUGAAUCGCAGUUUUGGAUGCUGUAUGACUCAAAUAAGCAACUACUUGGCUGUGGUGAUGCCUAUCCUGACAAAUACUCUGUUAAGCUAGAAAAAGGUGACUAUACUAUAAGACUGCAAGUUAGACAUGAUAAAAGAGAUUAUUUAGAGAAAUUAAAUGACGCUCCCGUGCUUCUUGUGCAAAAAUUAAGCAGCCAAAUUGUAAUGGACGUUUAUUUAUCAUAUACACAAGCUUUGCUUUGCGGAAAGAAGGCCGGUGUUACAAAUAACUCUAAUCCCUAUAUACCUAUACCUUUGUAUAUAGCUCCUUUAUCACCUGAUAAAUAUUCCUCAAAAUCAAAUAAUGCUGCUCACUAUUUGACUGGAACAAUUACGUACGCUAAAGAUGAGUUGGGAAAGAAAGCUGAUACUUAUCCCUUUAAGUACAUUUUGACUGAAAACACUUCCAAAAAAUCAAGCUCAAGCAAUGGAAAUGGUUCUGAUAAAACUAAACUUGAAGAAUUUAAGGAAGUAAUGAGAGACACCAAAACUCAGUGGCUGUCCAAAUUGGAUGCCGCUUCCGCUGAACCAAUAUAUACAGAUCUCUUGCGAAGAUAUCCCGACCACGUUCUCAUUAAUUCUGUAUACUUACAAGUAAUAGAUCCCUUAGACAAAAGAGUAAUGCCCAGCUUGAACCAGAAGACGACUAGUUCUGUUAAAGAUCUUGAUAAAGUAAUAAAUGUGUGUAAUACAGCUUUAUCUGGCAUGGAUGUCAAUAAUAUUUUAGCUUUUAUGGCUAUGAAGACUGAUUUGAGGCCAGAUGCUGUUAAAAUUAAAAAUUCCAUGGAACAACAGAAAAAUAUUUAUCUAGAAUGUAUAGCACGGAAAGGGAUAGCUUUGUGUCGGCUUAUAUUGUGCGAGACUGAACAAGCCGAAUCCAACAAGGAAGAACUAUCAGAAGUAUGGAAAACUUUAGUUAAAUUUGUUGAUCCUACUGAUGCAAAGGUAUUAACAAGCCACGUCCAAUAUUUCGCAAUUUGGCAUGCAUUUUUAUACAAUCAAUACGGUAGAUUAUUAAAACAUUUAUUGAAAAUGCAAGAAGACAAACCAACUGAAGAAGUGGAAAAGAAAAUUAUCGAGUUUUGCGAAGAACUGAAGUGGACACAUAUUGUUAAAUAUUUGAAAAGAAGUUUACCUUCAAAAUUCCCUUCGUCAUACAAACCAUUCUAAACUUAAAAAAUACCACAAGAAAUUUGAAUGAUCCAAAAUGUUAUUGUUCAUCUUAAACCUUUAAAUGUCUCGCUGUUGAUAAUCGUAUCAUUCAUUGUUUUGUAUGUUACUUCUAAUAAUUACUUAUUUCUUGCAGUUAUAUCUCUGAUUCGUUGAUCGAAUAUCAAUUACUACGUUAGUCGACAAAAUUCUGGUAACUACAAAAAUAUUUUAAAAGGAAAAACCCUCUAAAAAUUUAAAAAUAAAUCAAACAACAGCCUUCAUCUAUUAGUAGAUAUAUUUUUAAAAAAUGGUACAAUGUUUAUUAUCAAGAAAAUUAAUAUUUGGUGGCAUAACCUUUGUUUUUUAGGACAGUCGAUUCUGCGAGGCGUGGAGUUCAAGAGGCGAGCCAAAUCUUCUGGUGUAAUAACUGUAAACUACUUUUGAAUUAUGACUUUGAUCAGUUCUCUCUUGUUACUUGGGUUUCGGCGUGAUACUAACACUUUCAACCUUGACCAUAAAUGUUCUAUUGGAUUUAAAUCGGGACUAUUUCCAGGACUAUUUCCAGGGAAAUGAGGCGGAAAUAAUAUUAACUAUUAAAAGACGAAAACUUGAGUACUUGGGAUAUGUGAUGAGAGGGCAAAAAUACGCAAUAUUACAACUUAUUAUGCAGGGCAAAAUCAGAGGAAAGCGAAAUGUGGGAAGACGAAGAAUAUCCUGGCUUAAGAACUUAAGGGAGUGGUUUGAAUGCAGUAGUGCAGAACUUUUUAGAGCGGCAGUCAACAGAGUCCGCAUAGCCAUGAUGAUUUCCAACCUUCGAUAGAAGAUGGAACUUAAAGAAGAAGAAUUUCCAGGCCAAAAGACUAGCUGAGAAGUAGCACCACCAAAAUCAGACAAAAAACCAAAACUAAGUGCCAUAUCUUUAGAAACGCUACAACAACGGAGAAGCCUACUACAAGAAAAUAAAAGAAAUACAACUGAAUACAAAACCCUUAAUACAGAAAUAAGAAGACAUAUAAAACAAGAUCUCAAACGGCAUCAAGAAGAUUAUAGAAGAAAACAGAAACUUAAGAUCUAUCAAGUCCCACCUAGGAAGAAAUAAAAUCAUAGAGAUGAAAAAUAAACAAGGUGUAAUAGAAAAAAGCAGAACCCAAAUAUCUAAGAUAUCAAGGGAAUAUUAUAGUGACCUCUACAGCUCUAAAAACAGUCCACCUGAUACAACUCAACAAAACCUGUCCAAUAUCAAAUCUUCAGAAUUCAUAUCCGAAAUUGGACAGUAUAAUUUUAUCACCCAGUAGACCGAAUGAAUUUAUUUGUUAUUAAAUACACACACGUAGUUAAUUAGGUUACAUACGGAUUUGGUCAAUUAUCAACAAUAUAAUUUGGACAUCAGUCAAAAUUGCUGACAAAGUUAAACAAUUUACAUAAAUUAGACACACAUAUCACGCGAGGCCCGCGAAUAUAUUGACCCAAUUAAAACUUAUAUAAAAUUAAUAUCUCUUGCCUAGAGAAGCAUUCAAUCAAUAUUCACUCAACAAACUUGAUAGUCUUCAGCGAUCAACUGCAACAGUCUCUACUCAAAGUAAUCCCGGGUCAACACCCAUAGUGUACGUCUCAUCAAUAAACUCUGCUACUAUUAUUUGGUGUUUCCAUUACAACUGAACGAACAUCUCCAUUGAGCCAACGAAGGGGAUUUGUUCAAAACCUGAAAAAGAAAAUAAUGAAUGUAAACUCUGAAAUAUUAACCCCCAUAACCGGAGAAGAAAUAGAAAAAGCAAUUAGAGAUAUGAUAAAAAAUAAGGCUCCGGGAGACGAUGAAAUUCUAAUUGAAAUGUUAAAAGAAGAAGGAGAAAAGAUAAAAGACUAAGAAAGAAAGGAAAUAGAUCAAAAUUAGCUAACUAUAGACCAAUAUCUCUCUUGUCACAAAUCUAUAAAACUUUCACUAUGGUGAUCACAACUAGACUAAACAACAAAUUUGAUGCAUACCAGCCAGUUGAGCAGGCAGGAUUUAGAAAGGGGUACAGCACAACCGACCACCUUCACACUCUUCAAAUAUUGAUAGAAAAGACCAACGAAUACAACCUUGCAAUAUACGUUUGUUGACUAUGAAAAAGCGUUUGACAGCAUAGAACUAUGGGCAGUGGAAGAAGCGCCAGUUAAUUGCCGAAUAGAUUCACGAUACACAAUGCUAAUACACAAUAUAUAUCAAAACGCCACUAUGAGAAUUUAGCUAGACAGAGAUUUGCAAACUCCAUUAACUGGAAUUUGUAGAGGUGUCAGACAAGGGGAUACAAUCUCACCCAAACUAUUUACUCUGGCGUUGGAAGACAUUUUUAAAUCUAUAGACUGGGACAAUAACGGGAUUUGUAUAAACGGGAAAUAUUUAAAUCAUCUAAGAUUCGCCGAUGAUGUACUCCUGAUAGCAACAACUAUGGAAUAACUACGAAUCAUGAUUGCAGACCUAGAAAACAAAUGUCUUGAGAAAGGACUAAAAAUGAAUCUAAAGAAAACUAAAAUAAUGACUAAUGCAGAAGACAGAUCAGUAAUUACCAUAGGUGGAACAAACAUAAAACACGUCCAAGAAUAUAUUUACUUAGGACAAUCUAUCAGAGCAGACAAAAGUAACCAGACUAAAGAAAUAACCAGAAGAAUAAGAAUGGAGUGGGCUGCAUUCGGAAAACUCUCAUAUACUAUCAAAAACCAAAAAAUAUCUUUAAAAUUAAGAACGACUGGGCAUAACGAAAGAUAUCAGGAUGGAAGAUGGAAUAAAGAAAUUGGCCGCUGGAGACCAUAUACUGCAAAAAGGUCAAGAGGUCAACCGCAAAUAAGAUGGAAAGAUGACAUUGGGCAAAGCGCAGGUCCAAUGUGGAAAAGACAAACAGAAGACAGAGACAAAUGGGAGAGGCCUAUAUUCAACACAUGAAUAGAUUUUGGGGUAUAGAUCGAUAGAUAGAUAGAACGUUUACAAACUUUCAUUACACCUGAUUUUGUGGCGGAACCACCCAAUUUGUUUACUAUUUCUUGAUAUGUCUAACCUUCUUCUCGAAGGAUAAUUGCUUUGGUUCU